UUUGAACGCACCAGUCGCGAUUUAAAGACGUCACACUGGCGUCUCUUUCGUAGGUUCUACAUGUGUAAAAGCUGAGUGGGAGAAUUUGUUUGUUUACUCGCUUAAACUGUGUUUUGAAAUUUCCAUUUUUAAGGGUCCAGAUAGAGACAAGUGUUGAGAAGGACAGGCGGUGAAAAAUAAGGACUCGCGCCAAGUACAACACAUUAAAACGUGUUAAAUGUAGCUACUUGACAGGACACCUGUGUUCAAUACACAUACGAUGGCUGAUACAGAGACAAAUGAUACGAAGAAAAGCGACUCUGCGACGAAGCAGCCGCAAUGUGCUAAUGGAGCUAACGGAAACAACAACAACAAGGUGGACAAUGAAGCCGAAAACCAAACGAAGUCCAAGAGACAAAUGAAGAAGCUGCUGAAGCAGCAGAAAUGGGAAGAGGAGAGAGAGCUGAGGAAACAGCGUCGCAAGGAGCGAAAGCAACAACGUCGUCUGCAGAGGCAGAACCGUGACGAUGAAGAGCAGCUUGAGGGUGACGCCCAAAAUCCUAAGAAGCGUCUACGCCGUGAGGUGACGCCCAGCCCCUUGAGGCUGGUGGUGGACUGCAGCUUUGACAGCCUGAUGCUGAUGAAGGACGUGCGCAAGCUUCACAAACAGAUCCAGCGGUGCUACGCCGAGAACAGACGAGCUCUUCAUCCAGUGCAGUUUCAUCUGACCAGUCUGGGCGGGCAGCUGAAACAGAGCCUGGAUGAAAGAGACAAAGGAUGGGUCAACUGGAAGGAGAUCAACAUUGAAACUGCUCACUACAGUGAACUUAUAGCUAAGGAGGAGCUGGUCUGCCUGACAUCAGACUCUCCCAAUGUCCUGGAGGAACUGGAUCAGAAAAAGGCCUACGUGAUCGGAGGACUGGUGGACCACAACCAUCAUAAGGGGAUCACCUUUGAGAAGGCCAAAGAGCUCGGAAUCGAACACGCUCAGCUUCCCCUGAGCAGCUUCGUCAAGAUGAACAGUCGAAAGGUUCUGGCAGUUAACCAUGUGUUUGAGAUCAUCUUGGCGUAUUUGGAGAAGGGCAACUGGAAGGAUGCAUUCUUUACCGUCCUGCCUCAGAGGAAAGGAGCUGUGGCCAUCGGCCAAGAAGGAGCUAACGCCGCAAAGAAAGAAGACGACGACGAUGACUCAGACUCCGAUUCAGACCCAGACUCAUCAGAGCAAACUGAGAAAAGAACUUGAUUCCAAGCAUGGGGGACAUAAAAUCCACUAUUUUAUGCUUCUUUCUUUCUGACAUCGAAUUUUUUUUUAAAUGUAUUUAUUUAGAAAUUCAACAUUUUCCCAAUAUAAACACUCACCUUAGCUCAAAUGCUAAGUUAAAGUGGCUAUUUCUGUUCUGCUACAAGUAUGGUAAAAUAUCACUUUUCUUCCAGUAUGAAACCACAAGCUACAGCUGUAACCAGGUGACUAACAGGUUUGACCAAAGAGAAAGUAAAAACACCAUCCUUGAA